AUGAAACGGUCAUCUGAUGCAUUUAAUAGAUCUAGAUGUGAGCUAGCUACAGGCGACAAAAAUCUACAUGCACAUCAAGAAAAUCAUGAUAAAUAUUAUAAUGAAAAUGUUACUCGUAAUCGACAUAAAAAUCGUCCAUACCAGUAUAAACCUUACGAGAAUUAUGUAUCACAUGUUUAUACUGGUCGAUAUAAUGAACAAAAUCAUUACGAAAAUUUGAAUCAAAUCCAGGUGAAGAAUAACACCGAUGAUGGAUCUCAUACGGUUUACAACAGCAAGAACAAUUUUAUCAAUGUACCGCAUAAAACAACAAUGGCUGGUCAAGAAAAAGAUAUUCGUUAUGCAAAAAUUGUUCAAGUCAAAUCCAUAGAUGAUAAUGAGAAGUAUUAUUCAUGUAAUGAAACAAUAGACUGCCUUGUCUUCAGAGAAUUAUCCAUGAAGGCAUCCACGAGUUGA